UCUCCGCCCUCGUCGGUCGCGCACAAUCAAUCCCUCCUCCUCCUCCUCCGGCGAUCGCCACGAGAAGCUCCACGUACGGCGCUGGCCUCCCCCCUCCUUCUUCCUCUCCACUGCGCAUUGCACCGGGAGAUACAUAGGAAACGACGAAAAGGGGAGCAAGAAUCAUGGAUAUCGAGAGCAUCCAGGAGGGUGAUUUUUACCUUCGUGAAAAACGUGGGGACGGCCGGAAUGGAGAGGGAGCUACGGAAGUUCUAACAAGGGUGGAGCUCGGGGUUGCGUUUGGCUCAGAGAAGUUGCUGAAUCUGGAGAUUCUGCUGAUGCAGAUAGCCCAUCGCGCGACUGAAAUCGAGCCCCUCGUGUUGGAUGCUGAAUCGAUAUCGGCAGAGUCAGCCGAGAAGGUCUCUGAAUUUGACCUCUUGUGCUGCAUUCUAGAUUCAGAAGUCACGGGGUUGGAGAACUUUGUUGGUUCUAUCGAAAUGGAUAUUGGGAAUGCUGCAAAGAUGGCUUCUGAUGAAGAUUCAGUGAGUGGCGUGAGCAGUAAGCUCCAAGAUGCGACGGUGCCUUUGAAGCAGAUGCAGGACCUUAUUUCUGCUAUUAGAAGUCAGUCGGCAAAUUUUAAUAAACUCAUAGACACUUCUCACGAUAACUCUGGAGCUAGUGAAGAUGGUGGAUAUGAAAAUGGUCAUGUUUCAUCUCACUCGGCUAUGCACAGUGAGGGAAAAAGAAAUAUUCUGCAGAUGUUAGAUCAGUCAAUGGCAAGCGAAUUAGAUCUUGGAAAGAAGUUACAUGAUUCAGAGUCUGUCAUGGAAGAGCUCAAGCUAAAGCUGCACCAUUCAGAAAAUGAAUCAUUUUUCUUGGAGGAAUCAGUUGAAGCGAUCUCUGAAAGAAUGUUUGCAGCAGAAAAUGCAUCUGAAUUGUUUCUUGGAUUGUCAAAGGAACUUAUUGGUAAAGUUAAUACCAUACAGUUCGACCUAAGCGCAUCAAUUAGUAGGGAAGGUGACCUUAAAUCAAAGUUAGAGCAAAGCUUGACGAAAGAUAUUUCUAAUAGCACUCUGAAACAAGACAGUGAAAAGGUCACUUGGGAAGCUCUGCAGAGUCAAGCCCAACCGGACGCUGAGUUCUUGACUUUGCAGGAUAAAUUUCAGCAACUAGAGGAAUGGCUGAGGGAAUCAAAGUCUGGUUUGUCAUUGACAAUUGCAUCAUUAGGGGCAAAUGAAGAACCGCAGAAUAUGCCACGGUCUGACAUGAGCACAUUCGAAAAUAUUGUUAAUGACCUUAAAGAUGCCACUGUCAGAGCAGAAAGUAGAACUCAGAAUGCUGAAGCAAAGUGUAAACGACUUUCCCACACUAAUAUGCAACUCAAUGAGGAGCUAAAAUCCCUUAAAAGUCAGGGUUCAGAUAGGGCUGGCUUAUUGGAGAAGAGGCUUAAGGAGUCGGACACUCAGUUAGAGCAUGCAAAAGCAUCGGUUGAGGCUAUUGUCGAACAGCAGAGUAUGUUGAAGUCAUCAAUGUCGGAUAUGGAGCAGGUGAUUGAAGAUCUAAAGGAAAAAUAUUUGAAAGCUGAAACCCGAGCUGAGAAUGCUGAAUCAAAAUGUACAUUGCUGACGGACACUAACUUAGAGCUUAGUGAAGAGUUGUCAUUUCUUAGAGGUCGAGUAGAAAGUUUAGAGAACUCACUGCACAAAGCCAACCAACUGAAGAUGUCCGCAGCAAAAGAUAUUGGUAUUAAAACUAAGACUAUCACUGAUUUGGUUGCAAAACUUGCACUGGAAAGAGAACGUCUUCAUUUACAGAUUGUUACGCUAACAAAGAAGAACAAGAUAUUGGCUCAAAAAUGCAAAGAAAAUAUUAAUGAAGUUGCUCCGGUAAACAACAAAGUUACUGCCAAUGAAGGUGAAGAAAGGCCCACUAAGGUAAUUGAGGAAACAGUCCCAGAUUCUUCACCGACACAAACCAAGGUGAAGAGAACUGCUGAAAAUCUUGGAGAGGAGGAAGAUGAGAUGACUGCUCCACUGGAGGAUAAACCUGGUGCCUGUAGCACAAUUGACACAAUACCAGUACGGUCUAUUGAACCAACAGUCCUGAACUGGAAGUGCAUUUUUGCGGCAUUCCUGGUCCUGCUGGCUGCUGCGCUCGUCUACCUACUAUACCAAUGAGGUAACCAUGUCCUAUGAUCUAUUAACGCAGCUUGUAGGACUAAAUACAACUAGAACGCUGGUAUUUUUCCUGUAAUGAUUCACCUUAAUCAUCGUAGGAAUAAUCAAAUUUGAUAAUGAUCGCUGUAUAAAAUAAUGUCCCUAGUAAGCUUUGCUGUUGCCAUCUCUUUGGAGUAGAAGACACUGUAUAUCAGAAAGGUGCAAUUGUGUUCCAUGUCUUUUUUUUUCCCUGAACUAGCAGAUUCAAAACGCAUCAAUUGAUAACAAAGUGUUCUUGGUUCAUUCAUCUCACAAGUCCAUUUGUUAUAUCCAAUAUCGAGUAGUAGCAUUUAUUAGAUAACAAAGCGUUAUUCACCAUUUUACGGAAUCACAAAUUGCGAACCCAGCUCAAAAAGUCAAAAUUGGUUCAUUCAUCUGUAAAAGUUCAUUUGCCUUUUUGAGCAGUUAUGUAAUGCCACUACAGCUCAGUACAGUUUUGCUUUCGUUGCCUUACUCAUAAGUUACCUGGUAAGCUGUAUCUCA